AUGGCGCCUAAACGAGUUUGUCAGAUCAUUUGCAUCAAGCCAGACAGGUUGGACGAAUACGUUCAUGUAAGUGAGCGGUUGGAGUCUUCUCCCGCCCGUUAUGGCCCGGCAGGUCCGGUCCGCUUGACAUCCAGGUCACGUGCCCCCCCUCUGGCCGGAAGCUAGUGGGGAAGUGUCACUUCCAGAGAGGUCAAGUGGAGUGUUCAGAGGUCUGGAAUUAAACAAGUAACCCCCAUCGGACCCAUACCUCCCUUCCUGAACACGCUGAACUGCCCUUGGCGUUCGUGGGAGUCGACUGCAGCUCCACGCAAACGCUUGGCCGGGCGUGUUGGAGACGUUAGAACGGGUAAGCUCACGUGCGGCUUGUAAUCAGGGUGGUUAAUCUUCAACUGAACGAUCUUGAUUUUGACCUUCCCAGGCACAUUUCAAAAACUACACGAUCCACCACUACGCUGAGAACAACCUCUUGAUCGCGCACUUCACUUAUGUCGGCGACGACUGGGAAGGCGAUUGUCAAACAAUCGCACAGGUCAGUUGUCGAAAUUUCUCCUCCCUCUUUCUAAAGGGAGAUCCUAACGUGAGAUAUCAUCGUGUUCUGUAGAACGAGGAGACCCGAAGAUGGUGGGCUCUGACGGAUGGGAUGCAAGAAUCGCUCGUUGAAGGAGCGACUGGAUCAGGAGGGGAGAAAGGAUGGUGGGUUGAUUUGCCCGAGGUGUUCCAUUUUGAAGGGUCGAGGUCAUGA